AUGGUGUUGGAGGCGGUUAUGAUCUGCAUCGACAACAGCGCGUACGCGCGAGAUGGAGACUUGGCUCCUUCGCGUUUGGCGGCGCAGGAAGAGGCUGCGGGCCUCGUUGCCGGCGCAAAGACAAGCAUGCACCACGAGAACGCAGUCGGCGUCCUCACGUACGGCGGAGAAAGGAUUUCUGUCCAUCUGUCGCCGACCAACGACAUGGGCGCGGUGCUCUCGUCGCUGCACGGCCUGCGGUGUGGCGGUGACUCAGACUUCGUGCGCGGCAUCCAAAUUGCUCAGCUCGCGCUGAAGCACAGAAUGAACAAAAACCAGAAGCAGCGCAUCGUUGCCUUCGUCGGCAGCCCAGUGAAAAACUCCGAGAAGCAGCUCGUUCUUCUCGGGAAGCAACUCAAGAAAAACAACGUCGCUCUCGAUUUGAUAAGCUUCGGCGAGGUGGAUCACAAUGCACAGAGAUUGAAGGUUUUACACGAAGCUGUCGACAGCAAUGGAACAAGCUGCCUGUUGGAGUGCCGACCUGAGCCCGGGCAGCUGCUGAGCGACUUGAUUCUGCGCUCGACGCUGCUCCGCGACCCCGAGACCGGCGCUGGACCGCGGGGCGUGUCGAUCCCCGGCGGAGAGGCGGCGGGCGCGGCGGGCGCGAUGAACGACUUCGGCGUCGACCCCAACACCGACCCCGAGCUGUUCAUGGCGAUUCAGCUUUCGCUUCAGGAGGAACAAAACCGCGCAGCGCGCGUGCAGCAGGAGCAGAGCGGCAACGACGGCGGCAGCGCGCCCGCGCUCCAGGGAACUCCCGCGGCUUCCGCUUCCUCGGCGAGCCCAGAGGGCUCCGGCGUUCCGACGGCGGCGCAGAUCGAGAUGAUGGAAGACAUCGACGACGAGCUGCGGCAGGCCCUCCUCUUGUCUCUCCAAGACUACAGUGGCCAGCAGGCCGCGCCUGCAGAGGACGCCGAGAUGGAGGCGGCACCUCCCGCUGAGGGCGAGGGGAAGGAGAAGAGCGAAGCCGAGACGCAGGCACAGCCGGCGGAGGAGCAAAACGAGACUGCGAACUUGGCGGGCGUCCUCGACACGCUCCCGGGCGUAGAUGUGACCGACCCCAGGCUCCAGGAGGCUCUCCGCGCAGCUGACCAGAACAGAGACGGCGGCGACAAGCCGAAAGACGGCGAGAGCCAGAGCUAG